CCAUUCGACCGUUCCUUCCCCGAACAAACAUUCUCUAUCAUCCUCCUAGUUCUUCAAAACAGUCUUAUGAUCUCACAUCGCCAACGACUUCUGCCGUUUUAAUGCCUAUUUGUUGCCAUCAUCAUCAUUUAGCACAGUGUUCAACAGGAACAUUACAACACCAUGUUCCGCCGCAUGUUAUUCCACUCCCACCAUCCGCAGUACCGUCGAUGGCUACACAAGAACAGAUCUAUGCGGGAUCGGAAAGUAUUGUAUGA